AUGGCAGAGGCUGUGCGGCCGCGGCGCCGAACGGCUCGGUGCAGGCGGACGGCCGGCGGCUCCUACUUCACCCGAGUGCCAGUUCCCGAUGGCGCCCCAACAAAGCCCACAAGUUCCGAAGCCCGGGGCGGCGGGGGAGCCGGGGCUCCGAAAGGGGGGAGCGCUCUACCUGGGGCGCCGCCGCGGUGCCGCCGCUCAUCUCCCCGCCCCCGGCCGGCUCGGCGGGGCCGGCACGCACAGAUCGGCCCGGGGCUGCGGGGCAGCGGGGCCGUCCUCGCGCCUGUGGCGCCCACAACUCCAAGCCGGCUCCCCGGGUCUGACAGGUUUGGGGUCAGGCGCCCGCGGCCGCCGCCCCUCCCCUCCCUGCGCGAGGCCGCGCGCGUGCGCCGCAGCAGCUGCGGGCAAGGCGCGCGAGGGAGGGGUCGGCACGAGGACACGCAGGCCUUGCGCGAUGAGCUGGGGCGCCCGCGAGGGACGGGACAGGAGCGCCCCUCGUCCCGCUCCUGGAUGCGGAUCCCGCGGGCCCCCCUCGGGACACUCACAGGCGAAGCCCCAGUCUCCCGCGCGGCCCUUCCACUUCCCGAGGCUGGGAGGCAUGAGCGAAUGGAGCUGGAGUGCCCGGGCUAA